GUGGCGAAAGCAGCCGCCUCCGGUUCAGCUGAGCUCUUAAUUCGGUUCGGCUUCGCUGGGCUCGGCCGGGCGAUGAUGAUGCUCUCCGGGCGGCGGCGGAGACCCCGGCGGAGGAGCCACGACCCAUGACGCCCCCCUACGCGAUGUUCUACAGGUCACCUUCAACCAUGUCGCCGCCCUCCAAAAACCGAUUCAAGCGACAAAGUCGGAUAUUCUCCCAGGUCUUGUACCGGACGCUGAGCUACAAGGACCGCAGCUCGGUGGCCGGUUAUUUGGGAGCAAACAAGGAGGAUCCGUCCGAACUCUCCACCCAGGUCUCAGCUCCUGGAGUUCUCAAGAUCUUUGGAUGUCACAUCUGUGUGGGCACUCACUACAAGAGCGUCUUGGCCACGGCCAGCUCGAGUGCCCAAGAGCUGUUGAAAGAAGCUCUUGAGAGGUAUGGACUCAGCAGGGUAGAUGUGGGUCAUUAUGUUCUCUGCGACGUCAUCGGGACGUUUGCUGGCUCGGAGAAGCAGUGGAAGAUGGAAGGGUUGAGAAUCCUGAGGGACCACGAGAAACCUCUUUUGAUCCAGGACCUUUGGAAGCCGCGGGAAGGUUUCUCUCGGAGGUUUGAGCUUCGGAAGAGGUCUGAAGUGGAGGAGAUGACGGCCAAGGACAAAGACACCAUCACAGCAGGAAUUAACGCUCAGGCUCGGAAGCUCCAGCGCAACCGGACCAAAGGAACCAUGACUCUCUUGGUGGCUUGCCAUACUUCGCCCCCCAGCCUUAGGCGCACCGUCAGCGAGGCCAGCCUUAGCCAAGCAGGCCCACCGGAAGACCAGAAAGAGGAGGGGCCUCUUCGGCGGCACUACUCCACGCUGCCAGAGACUCUCCGAUGCAUGGAGGGGGUACCGGACGGGCGGGCGGCGGCUGCCCUUGAAGAGCCAAACGGAGGCAACACCUUGAGACUCUCGCUCUAUCAGUCCCCACAUCUGCUGCUCCUACAGGGAUACAGCCAGCAACAUGACAGGCUGGUGUACCUCUUGAACCGCGAGCAACACACGGUUGGCCAAAGGACUCAAGCCAGCAAGCCAAGCAUUAGCCUUUCGGCGCCCGACAUCCUUCCUCUCCACUGCUCCAUCCGGCGGGUGAAGCUGCCCACCCGUUCUCACCACCGCUGCGAAGAGAAGCUCAUCUUAGAACCCAUCGCGGGUGCCAACGUCUCCAUCAACUUCUCCGAGGUGGGGAAGACGGUAGUGCUCCGUCACGGCGACCUCAUCUCCCUCGGCCUCUCCUACCUGUUCCUCUACAAGGACCCUCUCAAAGCUCAGCUGCUGCCCACCCAGACGCUGGCGAAGCUGAAAGCCAUGCGCCGGGCUUCCGAACCCGAGCCGUCUUCCGCCACCUGCAAGUUGUGCGGCACCCAUUUCAAAGACAAGGCCUCCUCUUCCAAAAAGCAGGAGGGCCAGUCCUCCUCCGGCCGGAAGAGCAGCCAGAGGAAGCUGCAACUGGAAUUUGACAAGGCCAACGAAGAUCUCUUGCUGAGGAGGAUCAUGACGCUCAUCGAACCCACUGGAGACGACCACAAGUUGACGCCGGCCUUUUUGUUGUGUCUCUGCAUCCAGCACUCGGCCACCCAUUUUAGGCUGGGAGACUUUGGGCAGCUCCUCCUCAAGGCGACGAAAACGGUUCAGAAGAGCGUGUGGGAGAAAACAAACGAGCUUGCGGAAAAACAAUCCUUACACCAGGAUCCAGCAUCGCUUUCCCGCUUUACCAUCUCAGACCUUCUCCCCGACCUUCAGCACGUGGUCUUCUGGAUGUCCAACUCCAUCGAAAUCCUGUACUUCAUUCAGCAGAAAUCCCCCGUUUACAUCCAGAACAUGGAAGAAGAGCUGGACAUCAAAGGAUCUAAGGAAUCCCUCUUCUCCUUGACCAUCACAGCCAGUGAGGAAGCCAUGACGGUUCUGGAGGAAGUCAUCAUGUAUACGUUUCAGCAAUGUGUUUACUACAUCUCCAAGUCUCUCUAUGUGGCUCUUCCCCCGUUGUUGGAGUGCAACCCCUUCCAAAGCGAAGGCCGGGACGGUUGGCUGUCCUCGCCCCCGUUGCCCGAAGAAAUCCACAAAGUGGUGUUGAUUUACCAAGCCGCCCUGGACCUUCUCCAUCAGUACGAUGUCCACCCUGAAGUCACCUCCCAGAUGUUCGCCUACCUCUUCUUCUUCUCCAACACCCUCCUCUUCAACCAGCUCAUGGAAAAAGGUUCUUCUCUGGGCUGUUUCCACUGGUCAAAAGGGGUCAGGAUACGGGCCACCCUGCGUCUCCUUAUGGAGUGGGCCCAGAGCGUGGGUCUGGGGCCGCUAGCAGACCAGUUCUUCAGCAAACUCUCCAGCAUGGCCAGCCUGUUGGCAAUGCCAAAUUCUCAGCUGCUGCAGAUGACCUGGCCUGUCUUGAGAAGUGAGUUUCCUGCCUUGAACUCAGCACAGCUCAAUCAUAUCUUGACCCAGUACCAGACUUCGUCUGCCAUGGGGUGCGUCCCGGCUUGGCAACCCAGCAACAAUGAUGCUCUUGCAGCUGUGAGGACAGAUGAUGUUCUGGAAUCUUUUGAUAACCAUCCCCCCAUCAUGCUGCCCACCGGAGGGUUCAAGGUGGACCUGGAGACCGAUCAUCUUGAUGACAACGUCUACCGGCAUCUUCUGUACAUCCGCCAUUUCCUGUGGAGCCUACGCAGCAAAAGUCCCCACUCCAGUGACUCUCUGGAAGCAGAAACCCCAAAGACUGAGACAAUCAGCUGCCAAGUGACACCCCCAGCGGAGUCUGAGACAAUCAUUGGGUCAGUCGAGAGUGCCUUUGACUGGACAAAUGGCAGGCGGACGAUGAACGGUGAGAAGCCAAAGAUGGAGGAGAACGGCUCCCAGGUCACUGGUACCAACCUACCCAUCUCAGAUUAUGGGACUUGUGAGACACAGCUACCCAACAUUCUCCAACAGCAACAACUUGAGAGGCCAAAGGGGAAGAAUGGGACCAAGGCAAUCACGGUGUCCGUGGACUCCUCAUGUUUACUGACUCCGCCUAACACGCCUCUGAUCUUUGACUCCAUCGGCCUGGAAUUGUCCCCAGAAACUACUCCUGGGAAGGACAUCCCAGAGUCUCGGAGAAACGGACUCAACGGGACCAAAACCACAACCCAGGAAGGUAUGAAAGACGAUUAAUCAGGGUUGGAUCAG